UGAAUGCUUGUUUAUUAAUUUCGACAGUGAAUAAUAAUUGACAUGGAGUGGCAGAGGGCUUGUAUUCAUCUAUUUAGUAAGAGAGUUCCAUGGAGGACUGACUGAAUCUGCUAUUAUUUAGCACUUCGUAUAGUGGCUGGACAUUUCCUUUCAACCACGGUCAAUCAGACAGUUGCUGAAAUAACUUGAUGUGUCCGAUUAGUAUACGCGACAGAGCUUCUUAAAAUCAGUGAUAACCACACAGAAAUCGGUUGUACAUAAUCUUAAAUUCAGGUAUGGGUAUCAUCUACAGCCUACUGGGAUGGUCGGCUUCAGAAGACGAACCUGAUCCUAUUUUAGGUUUGACUCCGCGGGAAAUCAAACGAGUGAAAGUAUCAUGGGCUAGAGCCACAGCUGACCCAACAAAACUUGGAGCCAAUGUCAUGAUGUCCGUUUUUUGCAGACUCUUCGAUAAAUACCCAGAGUACAAGAAGUUAUUUCCUUUCAAAGAUGUACCCGACGAAGAACUGAAGAACAAUAUGAAGUUCAAGGUACAUUGUAGUAGCGUUGUUUAUAAUUUGAAUCAAAUAAUCGACAGUUUGGAUAACAGUGAACUUGUUUUGGGAAUGCUGGACAAAUUGGCUACGAAUCACAUCAAACAUAAUGCACCCCAUGAAGGAUUUCUGAAUAUUCAAGGAAUCAUCGAAGAUGUUCUGAGACCCUUAAAUAACGAUGAAGAAAUGAAAAUAUGGUCUAAAUUAUUGACUGUAGCUAUGAACUAUGCAUCGAACAAAAUGGUGGAAGAGAAAAAGAACUAACGUAAUAGAAUAGAAAUAUAUCAUUUUAUACAUAAACAUACUUAGUAAUAUGAUGAAUAAAAGUCAUAAAGUUAUUGUUCUACAA